AUGUUUGGCUUACCACAACCAGAACCUACCGAAGAAGAAAGAAAAGCUCAAGAAGAACAAAGUUUUUUGGUUGUCAGAAACGCUGCAUGUGCCGCUGCCCUUCUUUGGUUCUCCCCUGUUGUCUGGAACUUUGUUAAAAGACAAUGGAAAUAG